AAAGAACUUUGCAUGUGCUUUAGUUUAAAGCGCUCCUCUUGAGGGGCUCUAUGGUUUUAUGUCUUUGUCCCGUAGAGUAAUGGCAGAAACUGGGUUGGAGGUUGGGCAGACUAGUCAAGAACCCAUUCUCUAUAAGAGCUUGACACUUAAAGAAAAACCAACUUCAAAGCUUCGUAUCCUCAAAAGAAUCCGAAAGCGAUUAUCAUCAUCUUUUGGGAAAUUAAGUCCUAAAGAUGGAAUUUCGAGCCUCGAACAAACAGGAACUCUUGGAGCUCCACCUAGAAGUUUCUCUUCAAUGAAUGUAUACGCAUUGUCAACCUCCUCGAUUUUAGAACCGUCAACAAAUCUGGGGUCAGGUGGAGAGUUUGCUGAUGUUCCUCUUUAUUCUUUUGGUCACAAUGUUGAAUUUACGGUGGAUGACUUCCGUUCAGUUUUGAAAGAUAGUAGAGGUGUUCGUGUGGAUGAAGUAAAUAAUUUAGUUAGUGGUAGUAUCAGUGGACAAGGUUGUCCUGGUCCUAGUGCUAGACGGCUCAUGCACAUGCAACACCAAAAUGUUCCUGCAAACCAUUCUGUUAGACAGAAACAAAUUUUUUGUUCUGGCACAAUGCUUAGUCCUGCAAAUCAAGCAUCUCCAACAACUAAUACGGAUACAGUCUUAACGUCAUAUGAUCAUUCAUCAACUCCGAGAAAUCAGAUUCACACUACAAGAGCAAUUACCGACUCAACACCUUUGUCAUGGGUAAACACAACAAAUUCACCAGAUACUGUCACUUGUGAUUCAUCUCUGGGUCCCUCCCUAGCUCGUAGCUUCAAGGAUAUUUUAUUGGGACGAAUACAUCCAAAUCAAGGAGCUGGUACAUCUAGAUCAGCUAGUUAUCGUCGUAUUGCUCGUGCACGUUGGCAUCAUUCCGCUGGUAGUGUUCUUGCUUCAACUUCCGUUAUAAGAGGAUCUGGCAGUGAAGAAUAUUUAACUUCAAACAUUAAUCGAGAUACACUUUCUCAUCAACAUUCAGAGGAUUUAACUGGUGGAAUGAGUAAAUCUUCUCCACCAUCUAAUAAACACAAUCCAGCAACUAAAUUGAGCAGAUUUCGAGUGUCCAAAAGAAGAUCUAGAUUCUCCUAUACACCUCCCGCACAUAUUUCAUCUGAACCUGAAACAGAUGUAAACUCAGAAAAUCCUUAUGGUAAUAGUGGGAAACGUUUCAGCCGUCCAAUAUAUCCUGCUCAUAGUCAUUUUGUUUCAUCAAGUCAAUUAAAAAGGGAUUUUCAUGAUGAGUCUCCUUUAAGUUCUAUGUGUGUAGCACAUGACUCUGAUAAUCGAUCACAUUCACGACCUAGACCAAGAUCAGUUUCUUCUUCUACAUCCAAAUUAGCAGGAAUUUGGAAUUCCAUCUUAUCGGCUACAGCUAUCGGGAAUAGUAUAGUAGUUAAACCUCAUCUGUUACAUCAUCCAUCCACCACAACAACACCAACUACCGUGAAACAAGUGAAAGGACAUCGUAAUAUUUUACGUAAUACCCGUCAUACUGGUAGUGGGGAAACACAAACUGCUUUAACUAAAUCACGUUCACGUAAAACAAAACAUUCCAAAUCCAAUACUGAUGUAAAUAAAAUGAAAAUAUCUCCAGGUUCUUUUCUUAAUCGGCCUCAUUCUGAAGAAUUACGUUUGGCUGGUUUACUCAAUAUACAUGAUCCAAAUGUGAUAUCUUCACCUUCACAACAAGAUAUAACGCAUGUUACAUCCACUAUCAAUGGUGUUUUUCGACAUGGUUCUCCGGUUGCAUCUAAUAAGUCAAUACAUUCACAGCAAUAUAUUAAUGGGAAGUAUGUUACAUCACAACGAACUAGUGAAAAUUACAUGCUUCCGUCAACAAAUAGUACACCGCAAUCUCAUUCACAAUCACCUAAUAGAAUACUUCAUAAUCGUUCGUCUUCAUCACGUAGUUUUGGUUGUGUUGAUUCUUAUCAAAAGUUAGAUGUUCUAGGAGAAGGUUCUUAUGCAACUGUAUAUAGAGGAUAUUCACACGUAAUGCGUCGUGCUGUUGCUGUCAAAGAAAUACGUAUAAAUCCAGAAGAAGGCUUACCGUUCACUGCUAUUCGAGAAGCUUCCUUAUUGAAAGCUUUACGACAUGCCAAUAUAGUGAUUUUACACGAUAUUGUACAUACAAAGAAAACAUUGAAUUUUAUAUUUGAAUUUGUGCAAUCUGAUUUGAGUAAAUACAUUGAAAAUCAUCCACGUGGUAUUAAACUGCACAAUGUUCGACUUUUUCUUUAUCAACUUUUACGUGGUUUAGCUUAUUGUCAUGAUCGACAUAUAUUGCAUAGAGAUUUAAAACCACAGAAUUUACUUAUAUCAAUACAUGGCGAAUUGAAACUUGCCGAUUUUGGUUUGGCCAGAGCAAAAUCUGUACCUAGUCGAACUUAUAGUCAUGAAGUUGUUACAUUAUGGUAUCGUCCACCGGAUGUUUUACUUGGUUCAACAUCUUACACUGCUUCAUUAGAUAUUUGGGGUGUUGGUUGUAUUUUCACGGAAAUGAUAUCAGGAGUGGCAACAUUUCCCGGUUCAAAAGAUUCAGUGGAUCAACUUGAUAAAAUUUUUCGGAUUAUGGGUACACCAAAUGAAGAAACUUGGCCCGGUGUAUCUAAAUUACCUAAAUAUAAAACAUUGUUAGGUGAUUUAAAUAUUAAUUCAACUAUUCAACGAACAAAAAGUGCAUCAUCAGGUUUAACUGUUGGCAAUAAUGAAUGUGACGAACGUGCACGUAAAUCUGCUGAUAAUGAUCAAAAGCAAAGACGUUUACAUUUCUAUCCUAAUCGCCCUUUACACAGGGUUAUAUCUCGUCUUAGUCGUGCGCCACAUGCAGAGUUAUUAGCAUUACAAUUUUUACAACUUCAACCAUCCAAGCGAAUUAGUGCACGAGCUGCUAUGCGUAGUGCAUAUUUCUCUAAUUAUUUACCUAUUGCCCAACUUGCUUGUCUUCCAGAUACUUUAUCCAUUUUCGUUAUUCCGAAUAUUCGUUUAGUACCAGAAUCAACUUCACAAUCUAGCCCACCGAAAGAUCUUUCAAGUAAUUACCAUCGACGUCAUGAAAGUGAUCAAGCUUAUAGUAAUAAUGAUGAUACUAAUAAUAAUAGCAACAGUUCAAUUCAACAUCAACAGGGUGAAGAUCGUCCAGAAAUUGAUGGAUUUCAUGCUAAAGAAAGAAAUAACGGUGUUCAUUUAGAGCCUCAUAAUCAUCUUCACCGUCAAGAUUUUCCGCAGUUUGAAAAACAAUCAAUUGUUGGCAAAUGUUUACAAUUGUCAUCAUAUACAACAUCUGGUGGUAAGAAUACAUCGAAGGAAUCACGGAUUAUAUUGUCUAAAUCUAAUAAAAACAAGUAUAGUAAUCUAAAUUCUAAUUGCAAGGGAAAUGAAAAUCUAAACAGUGGAUCGGAAAUAGAUAAGAGUAUUUUAGUGAAUGAGAAUCGAACUCCUCAACACUUGUAUGUUUCUCGAGCUUAUGAAUCAGCUGAUGCUGUUCUAAAUGCCAUUCCUCUUGACAAAUCAAAUGGUAUUAUGUCCAAAUUAUCUCAUGAAGAAUGUGAGCCAGUUAAAGUGUUUCCGGCUUGUUUUGAUUUGCCUAAAAAAAGUGAUCAACUAACCCCUAAAAUACCACCUUCAUCUCGCAUUGCAAUGGGUGGUAAUCUUAUGUCUCCUAAUUCAAUCUCUUCUUCAAUUUGUGACUCUUCUGCACAUGUUUCAACUACUCACUCAAAUCAACCGUCCGAAUUUCUUUCCCCUACUAAUCAUUCAGCAUAUCAUACUUUACCGGGUUCAACAUCUCAAAUUUUUCCUACAUACCUUCAUACUGGUCAAUAUCCUUUAGUUGCCCAUUAUCCCGCAUUACCUCUAUUUUAUUACCCUGAUUAUUAUGCCCCAUUUAUCACACCAGAUUGGAACAAUGUACAAAACUCACUCUAUUAUUCUCAACUGCCAGCACUCGAUGAGCGUAGAACUGCCGCUGCAGCGGCGGCAGUCGCGGCUGCUGCAGCUGCGGCCGCUGCAGUUACCCUAUAUCCUGCAGUUGCACCACAUUCAGAUUCAUAUAUCCAAAGUGAUCUAGUUUCCUCUAUGUGCUCACAUGAUCAAAUUCAUCAAGAAGUAGGUAUCGUAACAAGCGCAGUAGAUCUUGCUUCAUUGAAUCUUAGCAAAUGUAGUGAUGUCCCAACUGUAGAAUCUUUUGAAAAGGAACCCCAUACUAGUUUAUCAGAAGAUAGAUCAAUUAAUAGUUUGCAUGAUCGAAACAGUCGUUGUAAUGUUUCAGUGCCUGAAUCAUCUGAUAACCGAUUCUCCAAUAAAUUACCUUCAAAUUUCAACAGUUAUUAUGUCCCGUGUGGUCUACCGAUGAACUGUUCUAACCCUAUGUACAUUUGCCCCUGUUUUGCACAUACUAACUAUGUUGGUUCGUCUAAUUCACCUUUACCAAUGGUCCACAACCCUCCAUCAUUUUUUGAUCCAAAAGCAUUUCCUUAUAUGUUUCAUGUGCCUCGAAAUAAUUUUAUGUUUUGUGAAAGAGAAAGGUCACACAGCGCCUCAACAAGAGCUCCUCCAUAUAUUGGCCAAUCAGAUCAAGGAAGUCACUUAGGUAGUUCUAAAUUGCAAAAACCAUGUGUGACACUAGCAAACACAUCCCUAAGCCAUUCAUUUUCACCUUUUUCACAACUACAUCCACCAAACGAGGACACUCUUAAUACUACUGAGUCUUUCAGUACAGCAGAAUCGUCUGUUGGUCGUGAUAUAAUAAACAGUACUUCAACUGGUUAUACCAACCCUUCAUCGUCCAUUCCCGAAUCGUCUCAAACAGUUGUUCCACCUACUCAUAAAGAACCCACUAGUUAUCCAUUGAGUUCAUCCCAACUACAUUUAUCGAAUUCUAGUGCAGACCAACAAAUUUAUAAAACAUGGCAAAAUGCAUCGUAUUUAACACCGUAUCAAGUUGGUUUACCUGAUCUGUCUCAGCCCUAUUUGGUCAGACCGAAUUUUCUCCCAUCUGUGCCAAAUUAUUUUAUGCAUAAUCUUGCUAGUCCUUUACAUUUCUGUCCGGAAAAUAAUGUUUACACUCAUCAAAGCGGUCACAUCCACGGUGUAGGCAAUAUUCCAACAGAUGUUCAAAAACGUAGCAUACGUACUGAUCAUGAUUGUAGUGCCACGUCUACUAAUACUGGAAUAACAGUAUCAGAUCACAGUAAUGGAAUGAAUUGGAGUAAUUUGAAUGAAACAUCAACAAAUCCUUUAAUAUGUAGUCCUUCAUCAUUUCUUGCUUUUUCCUGCAAUCACAAUGUAACAUAUGAACCAGUAACAAAAUUUGCAGAAGGGAAAAAUCUAUCAGAUGAAGUGAAUCAUUGUCAUUUUGAACAUUUAACUCCUUGGUUAAAUAAUCAGUAUUAUUCAUUAAACGGUGAUAACAACAAAACAAUUGUUGGUCAUCCACGAUCUAAUCUAUUGUCUAAUGAUAAUUAUUAUUAUGAACAAGAACAAAUACAACAUUAUUUAAAUUUCUAUGAACAAAAACAUAAGAAUUCCGAUUUACGUGUUGUUAAUCGUAGUGUUAGUUUUACAUCACCGGAGACUAUGCGGUUAGAUCAUAUACCAUUAGGUGGACCACCACAACGUAAUUUAUGUAUGAUGAAUAAUCAUAAUAAUGGCAAUUGUUUGUCAAAUGUAUCACAAUAUCGUUUACCUCGAUCUUACGCCUAUUAUCCAGCUAGUCAUUAUUCUUCAUUGGCAGCUGCUGCAGCGAUUCAAAAUCCGAUACGAUUCGGUAUGCCCUAUGCCAAUAAUAAUAAUAAUCUUCAUCAACAUCAUCAUCAUGAUCAUUCAUUACAAGAUACUUCUAUCGGAAAAUCUUCAGAUUCUUGUGGUCUAGACGACACACCGCAACAGCAGCAACCUCGUUUUUUUCACUCAUCCUCAUUUGAUUUGAAUAAUCACAGUAAUAAUAAUAAUAAUAGUAAUGGUGACAAUAGCAUUAGUAUUAGUAGUAACAAUAAUAGUACUAGCUUGUUAGACACUUAUGAUCAACGAACACAAACAAAUGUUUAAAAUAACAAAUCUCUAUAUGCUUUUACCAAUCCUCUUUCAUCUAAUUACUGUCAGUUAAUCAAACUGAAGGUGUAUAGUCUGUAUGUUUGUGUAUAUAUAUGUCGUUUUUCUCCUUCACAAAAAAGCAAAACUAAACAAAAUGUUGGCAUUGAAUAUCUCAUUUGUUAAAAUGUAUCAUUGUUUCUUACAUCGAUAUCAUUAUAAUUCUUUUAUAAGGAAAAGUAAUUUUAUUUUUUAGAGAAGAAAACACCUUUCAGGUUUUUGAUCUUAUCUGUUCUAGCUAUUUUUAAGUUUCUGCAUUUCAUCUCAUCUUGUGUGUGUGUUUGUAUGUGUGUUCAGUUUAUUGGGGUUUUAUUUACAUUCUGCAUUUUUAAUUAAAAAUACCUGCAUUUCAAAAUCAUUUACAUCUAUUUCUUUAUUCAUAUACUGUUGUUAAUCUUAUUUUAAUUAUGUAUAUUUCCUUGUAAAAUUCCAUUUGGUUAUUUCCUGUUGUUGUUGUUGUUUGUUUUUAUUUUUUACAACUAAUGGAUAUCCACACUUACAAAUUACACUAUAUACUACUAUUACUGUAUGUUUUUCUUUCCUUCUCUCUCUCUCUCUCUCUCACUAUUUUGCUAUUCUUAUCAUCCAUUCUGUUUGUUCAAUUUCUUUUCAAUUUUCAAUCAUUUAAAAUUAUUUUAUUUUAUUUUGUGUAUAGCAACCAAAUAAAAAAAAAUUUUUUUUGAUCAAUUAAUUAUUAUUCCCUGUAAAAUAUAAAUUUGCAAUAUUGUCACUGAUGUUUUGUUUUGUUCUACUACUCAUUAUUUGAUUUGAUUCUCUUUUCUUUGUUGUUGUUGUUUGCCUUUUGUGUUUUAAAAUUAAAGUGAAUGCAUAGUCUUUAUAGAAACGAAUACCUUUAUUUGUUUUGUUUUAAUUGUUGUUGUUGUUAAUCAAAAAAUAGCAUUUUAUAAAUAGUUAUGAUGAUUUGAAAAAUGAUACAAAUAAUUGUGCAUUGUUUAU